AUGUUGGGUGGCUUACUGAAGGCACUGAGCAGUGACUCCUAUGUGGAACUCAGCGAGUACCAGGACCAGCAAUUCCAGGGCGACAAUGAAGAACAAGAAAAGUUACUGAAGAAAAGCUGUACAUUGUAUGUUGGAAAUCUUUCCUUUUAUACAACUGAAGAACAACAGAUUUACGAACUUCUCAGCAAAAGUGGUGAUAUAAAGAAGAUCGUCAUAGGUCUGGAUAAAAUGAAGAAAACAGCAUGUGGAUUCUGUUUUGUGGAAUACUAUUUAAGAGUAGAUGUGCAGACUGCAAUGAGGUACAUAAACGGAACUCGUCUGAAUGACCGGAUCAUAUGGACAGACUGGGAUGCAGGCUUUCAGGAGGGCAGGCAGUAUGGACGUGGAUGGUCUGGAAGUCAGGUUCAGGACGAGUAUUGGGAGGACUACGAUGCUGGAAGGCUAUGGAAACUGGCACAAAAACAGUGA